AUGCUGUCCCGACUGAAGCGGCGGUCGCCGUCGGGCACCACGCCCGAGCGCCAACAGGUGUCGUCGUCGAGCGGUGCUACGUCGUCGAAUGGCACGGGCUCCGGCGCCUCACCGUUGCUGGGACCGCCGCGCUACGACGACGACGAAAGUCCCUACAGUCCAACUUGGAACGAGGAGCAAUUGCUGUCGUCGAGCUCGUUGUCCUCGCCGACCACGUCAUUGCGACGACCGCAACACUUGGACGUCAGUCACCUCGGCGGUACCGAUCACUCGCCGAGCGGUGCUGCCAGCCCCAGCCCCCACUCGAGCACCGCCAGCCCCGACAGCAGCUCGGCUUCGAUGCUGGCGAGAUCCCCGUCCUCAGCCUCGUCGACGCGGGGCAAGUACUCGCUGCCGUCAGCCGGCUCAUCGUCACCACCGCCGAACAUGCCCCGUCGCAAGUCACGCAGUGGGUCCGUCUCGUCCUACAUCGAAGGAGGCACCCCAUCGCCCGUCGCGUCCAGUUCGGCAGCGGCAGCGGCAGCAAACGCCGCAGCGGCCUCUCAACAAGGUCGCUCGACCUCGCGCACCUUUGUACCGGGCAAAACCAAGGGAGCGUCCAACCGAUACCUCGUCGUCAACAAGACUACCGCCGUCGACGAGAGCCUCGACAACUUCGGGUCCGGUAGUCUCUCCCUCGACCAUUUGACCGGCGGCGCGUCAGACCCAGCCGCCCUCGCAACCGGCGGCGCGACCUGGGUCGCUCGAGCCCCCGAACUAAUCAACCUCGACGUCGGAGCCAACCCUGGCGCGCCCGGCGAUCCGUCCCGACUAUCCCAAUCGUCAAGCGAGGACAACAUCAGGACACCCAUGCCAGGCGAUGGUCCGACGAGUCUGCCCGAUGCUUACUUUGGCGUCGCUGCACCCGUCGAACAGAGGCCCCAUUCGGUGCCGAGUUCGGCCACUGCCUCACCCCUCGUGCUCCCCAACGGCGGCGCUCCCUUCAACCUUGACAGGCUACUACCACUCCCCGCGAGUGAAACCAGCUUCCUGGCCCCCGCCGAACGUCAUGGGAGGGCAAGAUCCCACACCACCUCCGAGGCACCCCCACCUUUCGCGUAUCGGCCUUCGACCGGCAUCGACACCAAUCUCACCCACGGUCUACCUCCCUCGUCCCUCUCGGCUCGACCCAACAUGGAGACAACACCGAGAAACUCUGUCAUGCUGCCCAACCCCGUUCCCGCAGCCGAUCAGACGGCAGCCGCAAUUGAGAAACGACCGACCAGUCGAAGUUCCUCCGUGACAUCGAGCGAUGCUUCCAUCCCUGCCCUGCUGCGACCGCCACUGCAAUCUUCUCCCACCUCUUCGUUCAAGUUGAAACGACAAAAGUCGGCUCAGGGGAUCGCAGGGGCUAUCGCAGCUUCGGGGAUGGCACUCGCCGCCACGGGGACAGGUUUCCGACAAGCGGGGUCGCUUUCUCGCACCUCAACCCGCACCUCCUUCGAGGACAGAGGUUCGGGCGCAGAAUCGGAUGGUGGCGUAUCGACUGGGGGUGGGGAUCAGUACGCGAAUGGGUUCAAUCUGGGCGACUAUGAGGAUGCGAUGACGAGCUUGGGUACGGGUUAUGCCGUGGCGAGCUCGAAGCGUAAUGCCGAGUUCCACCAGCUCUUCAAAAAUAUACCCGAUGACGACUAUUUGAUCGAAGGUGAGUGCUGGGAAGGAACAAAACUCUUUGCCUGACGAGGAUGCUGACUAUUGCCCUCUUUGCAGACUACGGCUGUGCCCUCCAACGCGAGAUCUUGAUCCAGGGUCGUCUCUACAUCUCGGAACACCACAUCUCCUUUAACGCCAACAUAUUCGGCUGGGUCACCUCGCACACCCUCCCCUUUGCCGAAAUCGUAAGCAUCGAAAAACGAACGACGGCGUACGUCAUCCCGAACGCGAUCCAGAUCGUGACCCUGCACGCUCGACAUACAUUCGCUUCGUUCCUCUCCCGUGACUCGACCUAUGACCUCAUCUGCAACAUCUGGCGCAUGAUCCAUCCCGUCGUCCCUCCUUCGGCGGCCUUGCCCGAUUCUGCGGAUCGAGCGGGCUCCGUUCAUCAUGACUCCGACGAAGACGAGGUCGACGAUGAUGGAUCACACCCUACCAAGAAGAGUGGCAAGCGAAGGCUGAGGGGAUUGAGGAGACGUGGAGGAACGAGCGAGGAGAGGAAAGGUGAUGCGGACGCUUCGACGAACUCCGGUGUGACCUCGACGCACGUGAACGGAUCAACGAGUCGGAUGGUCAACCCUUCUUCUUCGAGUCCGGGAGGACCUAGCGGACCUUCCAAACCGGCUGCGGUGUUGCAUGCUGUGACGACGGACAUGUGUCCAACGCACAAGGACUUGAAGGAGGUUUGCAUGGACGUUGUGUUCCCGUCUGCGCCGGAGAAGAUCUACAACCUCAUGUUCACGAGCGGUUUCAUGAGGACAUUCUGGACGGAGAACCAAAAGUUGAUGGGUAAGAGAGAGUUUUACCCUGAUGUCUGCCCACUACGUCACUGACUCGCUGCUGUUUCCAUCUUCCGCAGACCUACAAAUCUCCGACUGGGCCCCCGAGAAAUCCGAUUCGAACCUCCUCGCCCGCAACCUCUCCUACAUCAAACCCCUAUCAGCCCCAAUCGGUCCCAAGCAAACGAAAUGCAUGAUCCUCGACGAGACGGCGCACGUCGAUUUCGAUGAUUAUGUCUGCGUCAUCACGACGACGAGGACGCCGGACGUGCCGAGUGGUGGAUCUUUUGCGGUCAAGACAAGGACGAGCAUGACAUGGGCGAGGAAUAACUCGUGUAGGGUCGUUGUGACGACGGGCGUGGUGUGGACGGGUAGGAGUAUGCUCAAAGGUACGUCUGGCUCCUCUACUCGCUAAUGAGGUCGUUAGGCGCAGUCUUUGACCCUCAACGAUACCCCUUUUUUCUACGAUAGGCAUCAUCGAGCGAUCCUGCAUCGAAGGUCAAAAGACGUAUCACGUUGAUCUGGAGGACGCAAUGCGCGCCUACAUCCAACUACACCGCUCCGAGUUCCUCGAAGAAGGCCAAGAACCCAUCUCGUCCUUGGUGACGGAGAAUGAAAACAACGACGCCCAGCGGACGGACCCAGAGGAGAGUGACAAAGACGACGACCCGAACGAAAAAAGCGCCUCGGCUCAUCGUCGGAGAUCGAUGGCGGCUUCGACGAGUGGAAUUUGGGGCAUCAUUACCGAUGCGUUCUCGGACUUGACUGGUGGACGAGCACGAUCAUCUGGGGGCGGUCUCUCACCUACUUCGCUCAUUCUCGCGUUAGUGAUCCUCAUUCUCGUGCUUUCGAACCUAUGGACCCUCUCUAGUCGACCCCGAUCGACCUCCCCCUCCCUUUCCCCCGGCUCUCGAAGAAGUUCCGCCCGUUCCUCCCCUUCAACAGGCCACGACCAAACCCCCGACCAAAUCGCCGAUGCCAUACGUGACGUAUUACGAGACUAUCUCGCCUCUCUACCCAGUCGCGAAUACGUCCCUAACGACGCGACGACUUUACCCGUGUCGGAGGAGGAAUCGUCGAAGGAGGAUGGUAUCGAGGCUCCUUCGAAGACGGAUAAGGCUUGUGCGCCGAGGGAGACGGCGGAUAUUGGGCAGAUUUUGGAUGGGUUGCAGGUGAGACUAGAUGAGAUGAAGAUGAAGUUGAAGGGGUAG